AUGAGCACCGAAUUGCUUCGCCUCCAGGGCGCGCAAACAGAUGGCCGGACAGCCAACGUACGUUAUCGUCAAGACCAACUACAGUCGCUUCAUGCCGGGCUUUGUCUGAGAGCCGAAGACCUGUGUACAGCCGUGGCCAAGGACACGGGAUGCACAGCAACGGAGGCCAGCAUGGAGUUCUACACGGCCAUGGAAGGACUCCGCCUGCAUUACGACGGACUGAAUUUCGAACGAGAAUUGAAGAACGAGUACUCCGUUGUGGAUGACCCAGAAAAUGCUAACCCCAACCUGUCUUUGGGAGUUGGACUUGUCUACAUCAUACCAUCCAAUAUUUCUCCUCUUAACGCAGCCAUGGCUCCUCUUACGGCGGCUAUUGCCUCAGGUAACUGCGUCGCUCUCGAACUACAACCCACGCUUCGAACACUACCAGCGCUUCUGGGAGCGGUUUUAUUAGAUGCCUUGGACAACGACACAUUCGCUAUUUGCAAAAGUCGACCCGACGACCUAAGCAUGCUCAAGAACGGCACACUCGUGGAUCAAACUUCUUCGGAAGCCAUCAUCGACGGCUCCGUUCGAGUCUUGAAAAGCCCAUCUGAGUCCCGGACCGUGGCUAUAGUCGACCGAACCGCCGACUUGGACCGCGCAGCAAAGGCACUGGUUACAGCACGGUUCUCCUUUUGCGGAAGAUCCUAUUAUGCUCCUGAUUUGGUGCUAGUGAACGAGUUCAUCAAGAAGCCCUUCCUGGAAGCCGUGCUACGAGAGGCUCUUCCAUACCUAGAUGACCACGAGGGGCAAGAAUCUCCACAUCGGGAUAUAUCGUCGUUGAAAAAACGGAUGACACAAGCCGCUGCAGAUGGUAUGGCAGACAUAUUAUCUCUCGGAUCCAGAGGAUCCAUAGUAGAUAUCAAGUCCAGGUCAUCGUGGUUAUUGGAAGGAAAAGUCAAUCUUCCUAUUCUGGCGAUUCUUUCAGUCACCAGCCUUGAAGAUGCCAUUGACUAUUCAAAUUUGGCCAAAGACUACCAUCCUGUCACAGGAAGGCCGUAUCUUGCAUCAUAUGUGUUUGCAAAUGCAUCGACAGCGAAAUACUUGGCCCAGUUUAUCAAUGCCCAAGAAUCGUUUUUGAAUGGGAUUCCGCCACUUUUACUCGUCGCUCCUCCCAAGCCCCUUGGGGGAAAACUGCCUCAGUCACCAAGUCAGGCUUACAGCCCUUCGAUGUUCCAAGUUCUUCGACAAAUUCAUGGGACUAGGCAGUCUGCAGUGGGACUGUCGGGAUUCAUAGAGGAAUCGUCUUCCAAACUCAUUCGUGUCGCCCGUAAUGAGUUGCUUGAUGCUGCACUCCAGCCGCUAAGACAAACCGGUCAGGCUUUCCAAGCCCGUGAAGUAGGCUUCUUCGAACAAGGCAUAUUGACCGGACUGGUAGUGUUUGGGGGCCCCGUUAUCAUAGUGUUCGUUGGUGGUGCCUUCGCAGGUGCCCGAUAUCUGUACAAGCUGCUCAGGUGA